AUGUCAUCCACUCAAAAAUUAUCUCCACCUCCUGAUUCACCACCUGAUUAUUACUUUCAUAUACAUGUUUUGGUAUUGGCUACACAAAGUGGAUUUUUUAAUCAAUUAUUUGGUCCGAUAAAUCUUCAUUCUUCUUCUUCACAAUUACCCAGUACAUUAUAUGUACCAAUACCUUAUCCUGAAUGCUUUGGUACUAUAUUACAUUGGUUAUAUCAUCAUGAUGAUGAUGCUUGGUUAGAUGAUAUAACCGAAGAAAAUUUUGAAAAAUUUUAUUGGAAUAUAAAAUUUUUAAAAUUGGGUAAAGAAGCUUAUGACGUAUUGGAUGAAUGGCUCGACGAGUGUCUAGAAGAUGGUCUUAGCCUCGAUUGUUUUGAAAACACAGAAAUUAUUCAAGAUUGGUAA